GAAGAGGAGGAGGAGAAAGCGGAGAAGCGCUGGAUUUGCUCUGGAUCCGCCUGCGCGCUUUCUGGAGCCAAAAAAAGAGAUCGGGACUUUCUCCCCCCCCCCCCCUUUGGGCUUCUUUUGUUUUAGGAUCGACUCAGGAUCGCGCCGGCUUGCAAUUGCGCUGAUCUCCCCCCUCCCCUUCCAGGCUUUGCAACUGGCCUUUUGCGCCCAAAUCUGGCUCUGAGCGCAGGAAAGUCCCGUCCCCUCCCCCGGGUUUCCAUGCCAGGCAGCUGCGCCGAUCCUAUAUGACCCCCCUCUCCUCUUUCCGGGGAGCCCGCGAUGUGCAGAAAACCCGCCUUGGUGGUGUUUGACCUGGCGAUGGCUCCGUGCGAGACCGCAACCAACGGCCCGUUCAGCUCUACCCAGAAGUGCCAGAAGUGCUGCACCAGUUGGAUAGCGAAGGGAUCGCCAUGGCAGCGGCCUCUCGGACAGGCGAGAUUCAAGGAGCCCGACAGCUCUUAGAUCUUUUCGGCUUAAAUCGCUAUUUUCGUUACACCGAAAUCUACCCCGGGAGUAAAAUCACCCAUUUCCAAAGGUUGCAUCAACAGAGCGGCAUCCCGUUUCAUAAAAUGCUCUUUUUUGAUGACGAAAGCCGAAAUAUCCAUGAUGUCGGGACUCUAGGUAUCCUGAAAAGAUGAAUGGGACUCUAGAACCUUCCACACUCAGAGCGCCCCCUGGGUUUGCAC